AUGGCUGUGUUUCUGCAGCUGCUACCGCUGCUGCUCUCGAGGGCCCAAGGGAACCCUGGGGCUUCUCUGGACGGCCGCCCUGGGGACCGGGUGAAUCUCUCCUGCGUAGGAGUCUCUCACCCCAUCCGCUGGGUCUGGGCCCCCAGCUUCCCGGCCUGCAAGGGCCUGUCCAAAGGACGCCGACCAAUCCUGUGGGCCUCUUCGAGCGGGACCCCCACCGUGCCUCCCCUCCAGCCUUUCGUCGGCCGCCUACGCUCCCUGGACUCUGGUAUCCGGUGGCUGGAGCUCCUCUUGAGCGCGGGGGACUCAGGCACCUUUUUCUGCAAGGGCCGCCACGAGGACGAGAGCCGUACAGUGCUUCACGUGCUGGGGGACAGGACCUACUGCAAGGCCCCCGGGCCUACCCAUGGGUCCGUGUAUCCCCAGCUCCUGAUCCCGCUGCUGGGCGCUGGGCUGGUGCUGGGACUGGGAGCUUUGGGCCUGGUCUGGUGGCUGCACAGGCGCCUGCCCCCGCAACCGAUUCGACCACUCCCUAGAUUUGCUCUGUCCCCCCCACAUAGCUCCACUUGUGAAAACCGAGCCCCAGAGGCCAGUAAAGGAGGAAGAGCCCAAGAUUCCAGGGGACCUGGACCAGGAACCGAGCCUGCUCUAUGCGGAUCUGGACCAUCUAGCCCUCAGCAGGCCCCGCCGGCUGUCCACAGUGGACCCUGCUGAUGCCUCCACCAUCUAUGCAGUUGUAGUUUGAAGGGAAGCCCUUACUCCAAACCUCCCAAGCCAGGGGAUCCCAGCUCCCCAUAAUCCCUCUCCCCUCCUCGGUCCCUCACCUGGAAGAGGAAGGCACCAUGGUAUAGAAAUAAGCGCUAAACUGGGAGUUGGGAGACCUGGGUUCUAGGCUGUCUCUGCCACUGAUCUUACUUCUAAACUUACUCCCGUCUCUCCUAUAACCUCCAUGUCUCCCUCACCACCAGUGUCCUCUCUAUACCCAAUCAAGCCCUAGCUCCUAUCUUUUUUUUUUUUUUUGAGACAGAGUCUCGCUCUGUUGCCCAGGCUGGAGUGCAGUGGCACCAUCUCCCUCACUGCAAGCUCCGCCUCCCAGGUUCACGCCAUUCUCCUGCCUCAGGCUCCUG